ACUUCCAACUGUCAAAAAACUUAAAUAGAAACGACAAAAUUUUGUUAUAUUUCUUUAUAUUUGAUGAAACUUGACUGAGGUUUUCCCUAAAAUGUUUUCUACUAGUUCUCAACGAAAGUUCUGGACUUUCAGUGAUGAAAAUGAACUCGCUCGACACCGGGAGAAGCAUAAUUUGAACUUCAUAUCAAAACAUGGACAACAUAUCGACGAAUAUCAAAGGUACAACUUCUUUUUAUCACCAGAGGAAGAACGACUACUACUACGACAAUAUGAACUUCAUUUGAAGGAGUUUUGUAAAAGAUUUUCCCCGCCAAUGCCUAAAGGCGUUACUGGGACAGCCUUUCAUUAUUUCAAACGGUUUUAUCUGUACAAUUCGUCAAUGGAUUACCAUCCGAAAGAGAUUCUAGCGACUUGUGUGUACUUAGCUUGUAAAGUUGAAGAGUUUAAUGUAUCUAUCGGUCAGUUUGUAGCAAAUAUUAAGGGAGACCGCGAUAAAGCAUCUGACAUAAUAUUAAACAAUGAAUUACUUUUAAUGCAACAAGUAAACUAUCACUUGACAAUACAUAAUCCUUUUAGACCUGUUGAAGGAUUUCUAAUUGAUAUAAAAACAAGAUGUAACCUGGCAAAUCCUGAACGGUUACGAACUGGUAUAGAUGAGUUUUUGGAAAAGGUAUUUCUGACCGAUGCAUGUCUUUUGUACGCACCUUCACAAAUAGCAUUAGCCGCCGUCUUACAUGCUGCAAGCAAAGAGCAAGAAAAUUUAGACAGCUACGUAACAGAUAUGCUAUUCCGUGAUGCUGGACCUGAUAAGUUAGCAAUUUUAAUUGAGGCAGUUCGUAAAAUCCGUUCAAUGGUCAAGAUGGUCGAGAGUCCAGCGAGAGAAAGAGUUAGAGUGAUUGAGAAGAAGUUGGACCGUUGUCGGAAUCAAGAGAAUAAUCCGGACAGUGAGAUAUAUAAGAGACGUGUGCGAGAGGCACUUGAUGAAGAUGAUAUUCCUCAGGGUGGAGCUAGCAGGAUGUCUCUAGACACUAGCGGAGUGUCACAGAUGUUGUCACCAUCUGCCUCAUAGAAUUUGUUAUCAAGUCCGAGUUUCAAUGGCUGUAACACUUAAAUCAAAAAUGUCUGAUUUUUUUCAAAGAGAGAUAUUUAUCUAGGUGUUUUAAAAGUGGAAAUUCACCCUUAGGUUAAUU